UGAAGUCAUAAUCAAGAAAAAGCCCUCAUCGUCAUUGCAUUUGCCAUUUGCCAUUUGCCAAUCGGAAAUAGGCAACAUUGGUAGAAAUAUUGUCCCCUCUACCAAAUCAAUACAUGUUCCACGAUCCUUGAUUCUUGAUUUCUUUUCUUUUCUCUCUUUAUAUACUAAUUAAAAACCCCCAAUUUUACAUUCUUUCAUGUUUCCCCCCCCCCCCCCCCCAUUUUUAGCAGUAUCCCGUAUCCAGCAUCUAGUCAUAGGGGAAAAAAGGUAAAAAAGCGUAGAGAAAAACUGAAAAAGAGAGCUGAAAUUCUUUGUUAUCAUCAAAUCAAAGAUACCCAAUACUCUGUUGUUGUGUUGGUACGCAGCACUGUUUCUAUUUGCAAUUGGCAGACUGACUUUUGGGUUUUGACAUUAUGUUGUAAUUCACAAGGUUCGGUUCCUACUACUCAAAAAUGAUGUUGUUUAUGUAAUAGCUUAUGUUCCUUACAUCAACAUGUGGAGUUUUGCAUCCAAAUGCAUCGCUGGAACUGUUGGAUUGAAAAAUGGUUCUCUAAGGCAAACGCGUGCUGCAUCGGAAUGUUCAGAUGAUGAAAGUUCUUCAGCAGUUAGCAGGGAUGAAGGUUUAGAUUGUCCGAUAUGCUGUGAAUCCUUCAACAUUGUCGAAAAUGUGCCGUAUGUUUUAUGGUGUGGUCAUACCCUUUGUAAAAACUGCAUUCUAGGACUUCAAUGGGCUGUCAUGAAAUUCCCUACUUUACCAAUCCAACUUCCACUUUUCAUCUCUUGCCCGUGGUGCAAUCUCUUGUCAUUUCGUCUGGUUUAUCGAGGAAACCUCAAGUUCCCUCGGAAGAACUAUUUUCUACUUUGGAUGGUUGAGAGCAUGAAUGGUGAUAGACUAAUGUCUCAUUCUUCAUUCUCAGAAGAUCGCCAACCGGACUUGUCAUCAAACAACAGUUUACCCAUUGGAAACCAAGUAACUCGUUGUAACCAUCGAAGGGCAUAUCACCAUCAUUCUGAAUCAUCAGGAUCAACCCAAAAUCAUACUCAUCUUACGGAUUACUUCAAUUUGGAAAGAAUACACACUGUCCUUCGGAAAUCUCUGGUGUUCUUUGUACAUCUGACUGCCAAGUUCCCAUUAAUCAUCAUAUUUCUCUUGAUCAUCCUUUAUGCAGUUCCUGCUAGUGCGGCCAUCUUAGCCCUGUACAUACUUAUAACCAUUCUCUUCGCUUUCCCUUCGUUUCUUAUCUUGUACUUCGCAUAUCCGAGUUUAGACUGGCUUGUGAAAGAGAUCAUCACUUGAGAUGGUAUCUGUUACUUGUUCAGCAAGUAUCAUGAUUGUAAGUUCACACUUUUGUGCCAUAUAUUCACUCGAAGACACCAUCAAAUCUCCGAAUUCGACAAGUUUCUGCUGUCCCUAGGUUAUAUUAGUUCUUCAAAGCUCUCAAUAAGUUGUUCCCUGAUAGGUUUUUUUCCCAUUUUGGAACAUUUGAUUUCAUUUCAACUCAGGCAUGAUUGUUUCGAUUCUUAUUUCUGGGAUUUGAUCGUCCAACAAUGCCAACCAAAGUUUCGAGAUACAGUAGGAAGGGCUCGUGUAUAAUGGAGCUCUUAUGCUUAUGCUUGUACUUCUUUUUGGUAUGAAUGAAAUCAAUCAAUUAUAUGGA